UGCACCACCAGGCUUCAGCAGCGAGAGGACGGUUGCGUGUUUUUCUCGCUUCCUGCUUCCUUAACAAGAGUCUGAGAAAUCUGCAAGACGCAGCGCUCAACAGCACGGAACACGGAGACCUCCUGAAACCCGCCGGGUACGAAGGGAGCGUGCUUGUGUGGUGUCAAGCCCCGGUUUUAGGACACGUUCAGCUCCGGACUGAGCUCCGGAGCGGACCCGCUGCUUUCUCCUGAUCCUCCGCAUCCACCCGAGUAUGGACGGCGAGUCGGUCCGCAGAUAAACACACUCUAACUCCGACUGCUGACCAGUCAUGGGACCCCAACGGACUUGGUUCCCUUGGGUGCGCUGCCAGGAGAGCGAAUCCUCUGGUUCAGACCAGGAGCGGGAGCAGCGCUGGGCUGAACUCUUUGAACAGCUGGACCUCAACAAAGAUGGACACAUUGACAUCUUUGAACUGCGGAGAGGGCUGGCAGACCAGGGGCUUUCCAAAGGGUCUUUGGAGAAGAUCGUGGAGGCCGGGGACACCAACCACGAUGGAGUGCUGGACUUUGAAGAGUUCACCCAGUAUCUUCGCAGCCAUGAAAAACAGCUUAAAGUCAUGUUUCGCAGCCUGGACAAUAACAAUGACGGCCAGAUAGAUGCAUCAGAGAUUCAGGUCUGUCUUCGCAACAUUGGUGUGAAUAUUAGCCUGGAGGAUGCCAACAGGAUUUUGUUAAGUAUAGACAGGGAUGGUACAAUGACCAUUGACUGGGAUGAGUGGCGAGACCACUUCCUGUUUAACCCUAUCACUAACAUGGAGGAAGUGGCACGCUACUGGAAACGCUCACUGAUGGUGGACAUUGGUGAACAGCUGACAGUCCCAGAUGAAUUUUCAGAAGAGGAGAAGAAGUCUGGGUUUGUGUGGAGGCAGCUGAUGGCUGGAGCCAUGGCUGGGUCUGUAUCCCGGACUGGAACAGCCCCUUUAGACCGCCUCAAAGUCUUCCGACAGGUACAUGGCUCCACAGAUUUUAAAGGGAAUGUGUUAAGCAAUUUUCAGACGAUGGUGAAAGAGGGAGGAAUUUGGUCUCUGUGGAGGGGAAAUGGAAUCAAUGUCCUAAAAAUUGCCCCAGAGACUGCUAUCAAGUUUGCAGCUUAUGAACAGAUCAAGAAAGUGAUGCGUGGUGGAAAUGAAACAACAACUUUAAAGGUGCAUGAGAGAUUCGUUGCCGGCUCUUUGGCUGGAGCAACAGCUCAGACGGCCAUCUAUCCGAUGGAGGUGUUAAAGACCCGUCUCACACUGAGAAAAACAGGUCAAUACUCAGGAAUAGCAGACUGUGCCAAACAGAUCCUACAGAGAGAAGGCAUCGCAGCCUUCUACAAGGGCUAUGUACCUAACUUGCUGGGUAUUAUCCCUUACGCUGGCAUCGAUCUGGCUGUCUACGAGACCCUGAAGUUUGCUUGGCUGAACAGGAACAGAGGUUUUGUGGACCCAGGGGUCACAGUGCUGGUAGGAUGUGGGGCCGUUUCCAGCACUUGUGGACAGCUGGCAAGUUACCCUUUGGCACUGAUCCGCACCCGAAUGCAGGCGCAAGCUUCGGUGAAAGGAGCCCCUAAACUCUCCAUGCUGGCCUUGCUUCGCAACAUUUUGACCCAGGAGGGUGUUACUGGACUUUAUCGAGGAAUUUCUCCCAACCUGCUGAAAGUCAUCCCCGCUGUGAGCGUGUCCUAUGUCGUCUAUGAAUACACAAGAAUAUUCCUUGGAGUGGAGAUAGAGGGUAGGAGGGGAGGAAAGGGGAAGGGCUAGCAAAAGGAGAAACUGUGGUGCUUUUUACCUGCAAGCUGUUGGAAGUGCAUGGGAAGACAGGCUAUGACUGUGGAUGGUACAAGAAAAUGCAAGUCUUGGAUUCUGAACAUGAGGAUUAGAGAAAAACAACAAGUAUACUGUAUGUCAUAUAUACAGUAAUCUAUUUUGAAAUCCUCACAUUUAGAUGACCUUAUCUGAACUGGCAGCUACUGGAAGCUUUUCAGGUGUGAUAUAUUGCUUUGCAAUGCAUGCCAGCAUGUGUGUGACAGCUAACAAACUGACAUCUUCCUGCUGCGGUGACCUGGACAGACGAAGAUUUGCAUGAACUUGACUGAGAACAGGUAAAAGGUGUAGCCAAUCUUGGAAACCAUGUUAUAUUUCUAAAACAUUAUUUUUUUUUCUUCCAGGUGGUACUUAGAGAUGAUGGAGGGUUGAUCCAAUUUCCUGAUUUGUAAGUGAGAGGAAUGAUUGGUUACACUCUAACCAAUUUUCUCUGAGUGGAGAGACUUAGAAGGUCUCUCAGCCCUACAUAUUUUAUAUGUAAGGGGUCUGAUCCCCAUGUGGAUACCUUUUAAGACACAUCACUGAUUGGCUGGAGAGUCAGGGAACCUAGGUUAAGAAGUAUCCAACUGUACUCUUAUGUGUCAAGGCUAUUGCUCCACCCUUCAUUUUCCAUAUGUGCUGGGAUGCUGUAAGAAACACUGUUAGGAAACCAAGCAAACGUAGCACGAAAUCGCAGUUGAGUACUAGUGAGAUGACAAAGUGCUCACAUGAUGAGUAUGUACUCAUCAUGUAAAGUACAUGCCCAUGGUCUCCAAAUAAGUACAUGAUGCUGCUGAGGCUUAGCUGCCCUUGCCAAGCACUAAGGCCAGUUGCAAAUGUGAGGAAAGCCACUCAGCUACCGUGAAAAAAAAAAUCACAUGACUCAUGGUCCUGAAAGCAUGGUUUUCAUAAAGCCAUGUCCUGCUACAGAGUCCAGUAUGUGUUAAUCAGUUCAUUCAUGGAGUGGAAUGUGGUAAAAGUGGACAAUUUUGUCCAAAACAGCUGCUGCACAAACCUCUGUGAGGAACACACCCUGCUAUCAAGCCUGUGAAGUGCGAGAACCUCAUAUUAAAAGGCAUGCACCCUGCAGGUGUUGGCCUGCCUGUUCAAAUGCAUGCUAAAUCACUUCAACAAUCCAGUGAGACAGACUUGUUUUAGUGACCGGUUUCCUCAGGCAGUUUGGUCUGUUACAGACAAAUAGUUCACCUUUUGAUCUCUGAGCAUGAGUCUGAAAAAUGAGACAUUAGGGUGAAAUGCAGAAUUUGGAUGUCGUACCAUACCUGCAUAACCUGGCAUCCAGAAGCAGCACUCCUUGUGUACUGAAAGGCGUGAAGUCCUCCCACUCUUUACACUGACACCACCGCCAGCAUGAGUGCAAAACUUAGAGUAAGUCAUUUCAGCUCCAUUGUUUUCAAGGGCUCAAAUGACUCAUGCUGCAGAACCAUUACAGUAGCUCCAAAUCCCAAGGAGGGACAGCCAGUAAUUUUUGUCAGAGCGUAACACUACAAGCAUUUUUGGCCAGCUGGGCAGUACAGGUGCAAUAACCAUGCGCUAGUUUAUGAGGACCAGUGAGGGCUGUUUUUCUAUGUGCAAUCAUUCCCCUCAAAGCUAAGGGGAACUUUUCCUUCACCAACAUAUCCAGUAGAAACUGGAGCAUGUAAGGGGCUGUGCAGAUGAGAGCACCCACCUGUCUCACACUGAACUUGAAAUACUCUAUAAUGUUAGGAAUACACUGUCCUGGUUGAUGACAAGUUGUAGCAACAACCUGGGGGCAAACAAGAGAUACAGACCCAAGGGCUACUAGGAUGAGGCUCACUCCACCUGAACUCUUUGCAGAAGGUUGUAGUGGAGGGUAAAGGGAGAAGGGCCAUACAAACGCCUCCAAGGCCACAAAUGUGCCACUGAGCAGUUAGGUGUCUGAUUACAUAACCCAGCAACACAAAGCUUAAGACCCUCAGAUCACCUGGGUCCUCUGAAGCUGGCUGGCCUGGUGUAUCCUGUAGUGUCUUUAGGACACAUUCUUCACAGCCUUGGUGGACCAUUCUUGACAUUUCCUCCUGAGCAGGCCUCCUGAGCCUGCUGUAGCAUCAAGCUUCCCCCUGGCUUGAACAUAGCAGAUGAUACCAAAGCCUUGAACAGACAGGCCUGUCUUCUUACCAGUUAAGUGGAAACUUAUGUUAAUCAUACACACACGAUACACAAAAACACUGAACACAUGUUUUCUGGACUCCAUGGAAAUCAAGAAGCGACUUACACAUUGCACUUAUACAGCGGAGUUGCCAAACAGUGUGUGGCCACUGCAGGUGAUGUGUCUUAAACAGCAUGCACAUUAGCUGGGCUGUGGAGGGGAUCAGUCCUUGUACAUUCGAAUAUGUAGGGUAGAUAUACAGUCCUGACUUGUCUUAUGAAAGGGCCAUAAACUAUAAAGUAAAGCAACAUCAAUAUAUUUUUUUUCUGAACUUUAAACCUUAAAUUAUCUUGUGAACAAAAGUGAAGUGGAGGAUGGUGAAAACAGGAGGGGAUGUGCUCUGUCAUGCCUUUCCUGAGGAGUUACUACUGAGUGAAGCACACCCAAAGACUUUGAACUGCCAAAGCAAUAUCAAGACGCACAGAUUGUUGUGAUUGUUCGGACAAAUGCUCACGGGUCACACUGGUGUUUGACUGCUUUCUUACUACAUGGCCCUGUGCCAUAUGCAGUAUUUUCAUAAACACUAUGCUGAGACUUAUCUUUGUCUGUAUCAUGAAACAAUAAUAGUAAUUUAAUGCCAGUGAACAUUUUUAAUGUCUCAGUAUUCAUGAUUCAAUAUGUAUGAAUGAAAAUGAAAAAUAAAAUGAA